AUGGAAAUGCGUUCCUCAGUGGUAGAGUGUGUUUCGCACCUUGUAACAACAACAACAACAACUGCACAAACAGUAAUGUCUACCAGAGAGCCAAAGAAGAGAGUUACGAGGAAGAAGAAGGACCCUAAUGCCCCAAAGAGGUCGAUGUCUGCGUACAUGUUUUUCGCUAACGAAAACAGGGACAUUGUCAAAUCCGAAAAUCCGAAUGCCACUUUUGGCCAAUUGGGUAAGUUGCUUGGUGAGAAGUGGAAGAACAUGUCCACCGAGGACAAAGAACCGUACGACGCGAAGGCCGCUGCUGACAAGAAGAGAUACGAGUCCGAGAAGGAACUGUAUAACGCUACCAAGGAGAAGUGA